AUGAUUGUCAUACCUAAUUGUAUUCACUAUUCAAGCUUUGGGCUGCUCCAGCAAUUUGAAAUAGAAAACACAAGUUCUAUGAAGGAAAUUAUUCUGAAUGUCACUAACCAAAAGGUACAAGAUUUGCUAAAGUGUUCUUUGCACUCGAAGACUACUUUGACCGAUUUGUUUUUACAGAAGAAACCAUCCUUUCAAGUUUACAGGUUUUUCACACCUGAUGUUGAAAUGAGUGGCAGUCUCGAAAUCAUUUUGAAACUAGUUAUAAGAAAAUCAGAUGGUAAGGUUUUGUGCGCUCAAGGGGAACACGAUUUUGUGAAUUUACUUUUAAGCUUUCUUACCUUUCCUUUGGGAGGAAUUGCACGUACUUUCCAAUUGUCUUUACUUUUAUCUGUAUUUCUCAACCUUUACCCAGUUUUACAUCCAAUCCAGACACUAAAACCAUUUGAAACUUAA